AUGGAGACUGGAGGGCCUACUUUUGAUGGGUUUGGGAAAUAUCAGGGGUUUGGCUUUCAAGGAUUAAAGAAACGGGGCCAUGGACAUGGGUGUCGUUCUUGGGUCAAGAUCGAUCAGAGUGGGAACUUGAAUGUUUUAGAACUUGAUAAGUCUACCAUUAUGAAGCAUUGCGCUUUGCCCGCCAGAGAUUUGCGUCUAUUGGACCCUCUUUUUAUUUAUCCUUCAGCGAUUCUAGGACGGGAAAAGGCUAUUGUUGUCAAUCUUGAACAGAUUAGAUGUAUCAUCACUGCCGAUGAGGUGAUUCUGAUGAAUUCAUUGGAUGGAUGUGUUGUCCAAUUCAAGUCGGAAUUCUGCAAAAGGCUACAGAUGAACAAGGAUCAAGGAGAGGACUUGCCAUUUGAAUUUAGAGCUUUGGAACUGGCUCUGGAAUUAAUUUGUUUGACUCUUGAUGUCCAGGUAAAAGAACUGGAAAUGGAAAUAUAUCCGGUACUGGAUGAGCUAGCUUACUCUAUCAAUACUCUUAAUUUGGAACGCGUCCGUAGACUGAAAGGCCAGCUUCUUGCGUUGACUCAGCGAGUUCAAAAGGUUCAUGAUGAAAUAGAACAUCUCAUGGAUGAUGAUGGUGACAUGGCGGAGAUGUACUUAACAGAAAAGAAACAGAGAUUGGAAGGCUUUGCAGCAGAUGAUGAAUAUUUUGAUGAUGUUACAUCAACGAUGAGCAAAGAGGUUUCAAAGUCUGCACCUGUUUCACCGGUGCGGUCAAUCAGUGGGGCAGAGCAACUACAAAGGGCAUUCAGCAGUAUUGUCAAUACAAGUAAACAUAGUACCCUAACAAGUUCUAGUGAAGCCGAAAAUAUCGAUCAACUUGAAAUGCUGCUUGAAGCUUAUUUUGUUGCUAUUGAUCACACGCUCAGCAAGUUGUUCUCGCUUAAAGAAUAUAUUGACGAUACUGAAGAUCUGAUCAACAUCAAGUUGGGAAAUGUCCAGAACCAAUUGAUCCAGUUCGAGUUGCUUCUAACUGCUGCAACUUUCGUGGCCACAAUCUUUGCUGUCGUAGCUGGAGUAUUCGGAAUGAACUUCGAAGCCUCAGUUUUUAAUAAUUCGUCAACAUUUAACUGGGUUCUGAUUAUAACUGGACUUGCGUGUGGGAUUUUGUACUUUGCCUUUUUGUUUUAUUUUAAGCACAAGAAGGUGUUUCCAUUGUAG